UUCAAAUAGUAACUAGGAUUACAAAUAGCCAGCCAUUAAUUCACAGUGCUUAACCAAAUUAUCCAACUGCAGAUGCCCAACUUAAGAGUGUCCACAAAGAGACAGAGCUGUGGUCUCAUUGGGGUCAUGGAGAAAAGGGGAGGAGAAAUGCAAAGAGGCCAAGUGUGGGACACUUAAAUUAGAGGGGUCCAGACUUCAUUUUUGGACUUUAACUCGUUGCAUUGUGUGCUUGCAGAAUCCUUUUUGGCCUUUUUGGGGCCUCCAGCUACAGGGUUAGGAUUUUUUUGAACUUAUAAGGAAGUUGGCUAUUAAAGAAAAAUCCAACAUCUUUUCUUAACUUUGACAAGAAGAAGUUCUGCUGCCCCUUUGAGGUCAAAUCUGAAGAGCCAUGUCAACAAGCUCGACACCAAGUGAUCUUGAGGAUGACGAGAUAUUUAAUGGAAGGAGCUCCACAAAAGUGAGGAAAAAUACCUGCUUCAGUUCCAGACGGUAUUCAGAGAGGGAAGAGGAUGAAGAGGAGAAGGGCAUCGAGCAGGAGCGCAGCAGGCUCUCCAAAACUCACCCAAAGGAGGCACGGCAGUCCCAGAGAAAUGCUGCAAACGCAAGGGAGAGGGCAAGGAUGAGAGUCCUAAGCAAAGCCUUCUCCAGACUGAAAACCAGCCUGCCCUGGGUUCCUGCCGACACUAAACUGUCAAAACUGGACACACUGCGUCUCGCCUCCAGCUAUAUCUGUCACCUCAGACAGAUUCUGCAGGAAGACCGGUUGGAGAACAGCUGUGCACAUCCAGUCAGUCUGGUACGAAACCUCUCCAACAGCCAUGUUUGACAUGGCCCUUUAUGUCGUCAGGGAGAUCAGAGGAGGACAUCUCAUCUGCUGUAAGACUUUGUGGGGCUACAGCAUAGUCCAUCCCUCUUCAUUAUGCUGCUAUCAACCAGAACCUUCAGAACUGACUCCAAAGUAAUACUCUGGGCUUUGCCGUCAUAAUGAACUGUCUUUAUGUUAUGUUGUUAAAUAACUCAUGACAGAACAGUGAUGUUUUAUUGUUUACCUGUGUAAUAUUCAGAACUUUCAUAAGUU